UCCACUUCAAUGAUAUUAUUACCCUUUGUAUAUCUAUUAUCUAUGGUACGGUUAUUAUCAAAAUGAGCGGUCAACAUAUCCGUUAUGAUGAAUCUGACGAUUGUUUUUAUUCAAGUGAUAAUGAUGAAGAUUUACAAAUUGAUGCUCCUGAGAAAAAUACCUCUGACGACAGAGAGGAAGUAUUUGGUAUCUACUCUGACAAUGAAAGCAGUGAUAUUGCCAUGAGUGAUGUUGAAGAACAGGAGGACAAUGAUAUCCCGGACAUAAGAGCAUGGGGAAAAGGAAAAAAGAAAUAUUAUUCAACAGAUUAUGUUGAUAAGGACUAUAACACUUCCCACGGCAAAGAUGCCUUACUAGCUGAUAUAGAAGAAGAAGAGGCAAAACAAUUGCAGUUACAAUUAGUACAACAAUUGCAAGAUACAGAUUUUCAUUUUGAUAUGCUGCCAAAGUGUAAAGAAGAUACAACAAAAUUUGAAGAAACUGUUAUUACUGAUGUAUCAAAUUUAACCAAACGCCAAAAGAUGGAUAUUUUUCGAGCAGAUGCCCCUGAAUUUUUUGGACUUAUUGGAGAUUCCAAAGAAAAGUUUAGCACAAUAAAAAAUAUCUUGAAGCUACUGAAAAAUAAUUUUACUACAAAUGGAGUAAAUGAGAGCGGAGCUUUAGAAUUUCUUUAUAAGCAUUUACAGUUGAUAUUAAACUAUUUGGUAAACAUUGGCAUAUAUUUGUUACUUAAAUCUCAAAAAGCUGCUAUUAAAACACAGAAUAUUUUCAAAAAUUGUAGAUUUCUUGCCUAUUAA